UGUAUUUGCAGCAGUGGAGUUAAAUGAAACUAAGUGAAAAUGGAGUUCAGACUUUUAUUUUGACAGCGCAUUCAGGAUGUGACGCAAUGGCUCCUGAGCGGAAGUUAAGCGCGCGGUACUGCAGGUGGAGACAAGCCGGAAAAUUUCGCCUUACAAAUAAAGUAAAGAAGUUUUAUUCAGUAUCUUUGUCUUUCUCAUUUCUAACUGUCGCUUAUAAAGUAAAUAAACCGAUGACUGCUCGCUCGCGACUCACUGGCGAUGGCGAAAUACCGCUUUUCCCUGUGGAUUACUGGAGGCGGUUCAGCACAGUGCGACACCUGCUGGCCAGAAGGAGGAAGUGCACAGAGUAAUCUACUGCUGCGGGGUUUCAGUGUUGCGGAUAAUAAAUCAGUGUGCCAGUUGUGAUGUCAUCAGAUGAGGCUGUUUCUCCGCCCAUAGACUCGUAUUUCAUUGGUCAGCGUGAUGACGUAAUCAGAGCUAACCGUGUAGUGACGAGUGUGAACGGCAGAGACGUGCUGGUUCUCCACCACCAGGGGGCGCUUCACGCUCUGGAUGCACGCUGCUACCAUGCUGGAGGUCCUCUGCAGAACGGAGACAUCGAGGAGGUAGCGGGGCGUGUGUGUAUUGUGUGUCCGUGGCAUAAAUAUAAGAUCAGUGUGUGUGAUGGUGAAGGUGUGUACCAGGCUGUGGAUCCUUCAGUGAAGCCUCUGAAACCACGCUGGUGCUCUGAAGGGGUCAAACAGAGAGUUCACAAGGUCACAGAGGUCAGAGGUCGCGUGUACAUCACCCUCAACACUUCACCUGAACACCUUGAGUCCGACCAGUACCAGACCUCGAAAUACAGAGACGCACUGCACAGGAACAGGAAGUGACAUCACAGGAACUGGUCUGCAGCCUUGCCCUUGUUUCCUGUUUGGCCACACUUACAGUAUCGGUGAGGUUAACUGGACGAGGAUCAGAUCACUGUUCUACGUCUUUUUCCUUUAACGUCAGCGUUUAUUCUCAUCACUGCUGCUUUACUGACAACUGCAGUCUGAUCACCAUCCUCACAUUACAAUCCUGGUCAUGUUGUGAGUUUAUCCAAAUAAAAAUGUAUUUAGGAUUAAACAGGUCUUGGAGUGUCUUCAUGAAAUGUGUAGUGAAAACAGGAAGUGAGCUGUUAAGCAGGAAGUGAGCUGUAUCAGUAUCAGCAGAAAACACAGCAGCACGUCUUACCUUUACAAUGAGUUAUAGUGUAUAUACACGUAUUAGCUUUAGAUCAAUCAGUAUACAGACAUAUUCACUUGUUAAAUCUAUAACACUAACACUACAGCUCACAGUUCUGAGAGAUUAAUAUACAGCACUCAUCACUGUAAGCUCCUUACCUUGUUGCUAACAGAAGACAAACAUAGAUGUAUCUGUGUUUAUUUCCCACUUUGUAACUCAAAUACAUGGAGGUCGAAAAUGAUGUAGUUCCAAGUUCUGAUGUCCUGCUUUCAAGGUAGGUCAAAUGCAGCAUAACUCCUGUGGGAACUCUGAAGUAGGAAAGAAACCACCCCAAUGAAGAAGUUUUGUACUGCAGUACCAGAACCUGUACUGUGUGUGGAUGUAAGACCAAAAAAGUUUAUAUCUAAACCAGACAUUUCCAUCUUUCAUACUAACUCCGGCUCUUUCCCCACCAGUGAAGUGAAAAAUCAGUUUCCAUUGUGAAUUUCUAGUCCAACAAGAUUGCCCAUCACAUGCCUGCUGCCCGAAUCCCACUGCACCUAAACCCCACCCUUCAUCUCGUAGGUUGCGAGACCAUUGUUACAUUGGUCUCCAUCUCGAGGCCUGACUCCAGGAGCGGGUCACAGUAACUCUAAUCUGGGCAGGAACACUCACUGAUCAUGUUUAGGAUCAGUGUCUGUCCUCUUCCCUCAGACCUGUUCACUAUAGACCUAUUCAGAUUGGAGUAGUUUAUCAGGGGAAUGUAUGUAAUAAAUUUUUUCUCCUCAGUUAUAAAACUCUCACAUCCGGACAGCAAUAAAGUUACCACAGGAGGAGUGAAUUUCUUAUUUUUCAUUUUGGGAAGUGUUUUAAUUCUGGGGGAGGAUCACCGCUACAUACGCUUCAAGAUUAACUAAACUCAAACAUCUUUUUGUCCAACAUGAAGUGAUAUCUGCAUAGAAAAUCACAGACUUGUAUCCAGACUAAAAUUAUCAAGACAAGCGCUGAGUUUGGUGAAAAACAUUAGGUGAUUUGGCCUGUAAUUUUCUCAGAGGAUGGAGAAAAAUACUGACAUGGCUGAUCUGGACGGAAAUAAAAUCUCAGAGUAACACCUGUAAAAUAGGAACUUUCCCUAGGAUCCCAUGUAUAAUUAAUCUGAUCACAUGCUAUGAUCACACAUGCACCUUAAAACAGACCUCUUGGAAAUUAGAAUGUAAAUAGCAUCAGACUAAAUUGGUAGUAUUCCAAAUUGUACACCAUCAAUAUUAAUUUAAAGCCAGAUAACUUGAUAACUGACCAUGUAAAUGACAAUACAACCACAUUAGAUCAGUGAUUAGAAUGCUUUACCUCCCUUCAAGAGACCGAUCUAAUUUAGCUAAUUUCCGCAUCAAACAGAUAAUUCCAGAAACAAUCAAACCUCUUCUAAAGAUAAACAAUUCUUCCCUUAGCAUUGACUAUGUACCUAAAUCUUUUAAAUUAGCAGUUAUCAAACCCCUGAUUAAAAACCUGACCUUGACCCCUGUCAGCUGUCUAACUAUAGACCAAUAUCAAACCUCCCCUUUAUCUCCAAGGUCCUAGAAAAGGUUGUAGCACAGCAGCUAUGCUCAUACUUACAUAGGAAUAACAUUCAUGAAAUGUAUCAGUCAGGAUUUAGGCCUCAUCAUAGCACAGAGACAGCGCUGGUUAAAGUGGUAAAUGACCUACUACUGGCCUCUGAUCAGGGUUGUGUCUCCUUGCUUGUGCUGCUUGAUCUUAGUGCAGCUUUUGACACCGUUGAUCAUGCUAUUUUCCUUGACAGACUAGAAAAUGCUGUUGGUGUUAAGAGAACAGCUUUCUCUGUUAUGCCGAUGACACAGUUAUAUGUUUCACCCCCAGCUUCAUAAACUUGAGGAAUUCCUGCUUUGAUCAAAAGGUGCAGGCUAUUUGUUGGUACCUUGAAUAGUGAAGACUACACCAGGGGCAGAGCUUUCUCUUACAAAGCCCCAGAGUUAUGGAACAGCCUUCCAGUUAGUUAUGAUGUCAUAUCUAGUUGUGCUGGAGUCCCUAUUUGCACUUUGAGCACAAUGUACAUCUUCUACCAUUAGAAGACAAAAGCAUACCUAAUAAGCUGAGCUCUCUGUCUCCGUCUGUCUGUCUGUCUGUCUCUCUCGCUCUCUCUGUGUCGAGCUACACAUGCUUCUCCUGAGAUACCAGUGAUCCUGACUUCUGCUCUCUGGACCUGCCUGAUCAAUCCUGAUGCCCUACUUCUUCUUAGAGCCUCAGUCACCUGAAAAUCACUCACUGCUGCUGAGGAUGGCCCCCAUAUGGACAGCCUACAGAUCACCACGAGGUUACUGUGGCUAGUGCCACACAGCUCAGUGGCUAAGACGUUGGCCUAAUGAUCAGUCGGUCAUGAGUUCAAACCCCAACACCACCAACCUACUGCUGUUGCUGGGCCCCUGAGCAAGGCCCUUAACCCUCAACUGCUCAGUUGUAUAAAUGAGAGGAAAUGUAAGUCUCUCUGCAUAAGAGCAAGUGCCAUAACUGUAGAAACACACAAACUCUUUCACCACCACAAGGCCUCCAUCCAUGGAAGAGAUAUUUUGUGUUCUUUUAUAUUAUUUAUAUUUAUAUAUUUAUAUUAUACACAUCUACCAGGUUUAUUAGUUAUACUGAUAUACAUAGUUUGUAUUAAACUUUAAACUCUGUGUGUAGUUUGUGCAGAUGUGUAGUGUUUAACGUGUUUUUAACAAAGUUCUGGUGGAAUUUUAGCUUGAGGCUUUUUAAAAUCAGCUCUUCAUGUUUUAUUCAGUUUAUUUUUACAGCUUUACAUGUUUAUGCUUAUAAAAAUGUGCAGUGUGUGUUCUGAGGUGAAGACAAGAAACAUCAUGCUUACACUCACUUUAACAUGACACAAACCAGACAGUCUGUGUGUGUUGUAUGUUCCUAUAUGGACAGUACAACAUGUUCCUGAGUUCAGCACUCACUGAGGCUUGACACUUGUGUGUGUGUGUGUGUGUGUGUGAGUGUGUGUAUCCCGCCCACUUCAGAUCCAGUUAAACUCUGUGCAUUCAGAUGACUGAGCUCAGUCGGAGUGAUUUCUCCUUCUUCACUUUUUCACUCUGCUCUGUUUCUCAUUCACUUAAUUUAAUUUAACAAAGUUCUCCUCUUUAAUCUGUUCAUUCCUCUAAUACCUCUAGUCUGUUCUCCUCCUUUCUCCUCUGUUUUGUCCUUUCUCCUGUUGUUGACCGUACAGUGAAGAUGCCCAGUCAGAGGAAGAAGAGACAGCGCCGAAUGAGGAGGCUGCAGGGACAGUGGAGAGUUCUGGAGGAUCAGAAUGUAAUUACUGGAAAAAGAAACUCAGGAGUGUGUGGUGUUUCUGCUCCAAUUCUUAAACAACCCAAAAAAACUCAGUUGAAAGCUCAAGCAAAAGUUCCAGUUUCAGAACCAGAAGUGACGUCCGUCCCAGAACUGCUGACUCCUCAAGCCACAAAACACAAAGUGAUAGAAACCACAGAAGUGGAAGCUGCAACAGAAGUCCAUGUUUCAGAAACAGAAGGUCCAGAGAUUUCCAUUCCAGAAGAGAAGAAAAGACCAGAAACUUCAGCUCCAGAAGAAGUCAAAGAAGUUAGAGCUUCAGACAACAUCAGAGUUCUAGAAGAUGUCAGAGCUCCCGAAGAAGUUAGAGCUCCAGAAGAAGUCAGAGCUCCAGAAGAAGUUAGAGCUACAGAAGACGUCAGAGCUCCAGAAGAUGUCAGAGCUCCCGAAGAAGUUAGAGCUCCAGAAGAAGUCAGAGCUACAGAAGAAGUUAGAGCUACAGAAGACGUCAGAGCUCCAGAAGAUGUCAGAGCUCCUGAAGAAGUUAGAGCUCCAGAAGAAGUCAGAGCUACAGAAGAAGUCAGAGCUCCAGAAGACGUCAGAGCUACAGUCGAUGUCAGAGCUCCAGAAGAGGUUAGAGCUCUGGAAGAUGUCGGAGAUCCAGAAGAAGUCAGAGCUGCAGAAGGAGCCAGAGCUCCAGAACAGAUGAUAGCACCAGAAAUAAAAGAAGCACCAACACUGGAAGCUCCAGAGGUGAUAGAAGCUCCAGCAGUGAUUCUGAGUACUGAAGCUGAAAUUCUAGAAGAUAUUGCAGUAUCAGAAGUACCAUCACUAGAAACUUCAGAUAUGAUGACACCACCAAAAAUGGAAGCAGUUCCAGAAGUGAUGCCAGUUCCAGAGAUAGAAGCAGCUCAGGAAAUUUCCACUUCAGAAGUGAAGAAAGAACCAGAAUUUAUGAUAACAGUUUCAGAAUUAACAACUCCAAAAGAAACUCUAGAAGUAUCAUCUCCAGAAGUUUCAGUUGCCGAAAUAGAAGCUCAAGUGAUGGAAGCCCCAAAAGUACCAUUACUAGAAGCUCCAGAUGUGACAACACCAAAAAUGGAAGCAUUUACAGAAGUGAUGGAAGUCCAAGAAGUGACAGCAAUUCGAGAAACUCUGGUAUCACCAGAACCAGAACUGAUGGUCAUGCUAGAAGGUAUACCAGAACCAGAAGUGAUAUUAACUCCAGAAAUGGAAGCACAGGAGACGACAGCAGACAUUCCAGCAGUUCUGUGUGAAGUUCCCAUGAACGUUCCAUCAGAAGAGCCUGCAGUUCAGGAGAACAUCAUCAGCACUGCAUAAACACUGAUAAAGAGGAGCAACACGAUGACGUCAUCAAUCAGUGUCGGCCAAUCACACACAGGCUAUGUUUUAGUCCAGUGUUCGCGCUUCUCCUUGUUCACACUCAGUGCUGUUUCACUUUAUUACACUGAGGCUCCGCCCACACCGGUACAGAACCACACACACACACACACACACACACACACACACACAGCAGACGUGUGCAGGUUCACACUGUCACAUCUUCAUAAACAAUUUUCCACACGUCCACGCCAAACCAGUGAAAACAGAGACUUCAAAUUUCUCUGAGGCUUUUUUCAAAAAGUUUUGUUUUCAGUGACAAGAGAUAAAACACAGGCAAACUACACUUUCAAAAAUAUCCUUGUGUGUGUGUGUGUGUGUGUGUGUGUGUGUGUGUGUGUUACAUAAGGAUGAAACAUCAAUAACACUCUAUCACAGUUCUACUCACUGAUUUUAUUUCAUUUCCGCUUUAAUCACUUCUGAAAUCUUUUCCUUAACAUUCAGAAUGUUUAUGUUCUAAAUUAAACUGAUUAAACAGAUUUAAGUCUCUGUAC